GGUUAUUCCUAAUUGUCAGUUCCGGUCAAAAACAGCUCGUCUUAAAACUUUUACUGCUAACCAGAUCGAUGAAAUAAAAGACCCUUCAGGACUCUUUUACAUACUUCCUUUUCAAAAGGGCUACCUGGUGAAUUGGGAUGUUCAACGACAAGUUUGGGACUACCUUUUUGGAAAAGAAAUGUAUCAGGUUGACUUUUUAGAUACUAAUAUUAUUAUCACAGAACCAUAUUUUAACUUCACUUCAAUUCAAGAAUCAAUGAAUGAAAUUCUAUUUGAAGAAUACCAGUUCCAAGCAGUAUUAAGAGUAAAUGCUGGGGCUCUCAGUGCACAUAGGUAUUUCCGAGAUAAUCCUUCUGAAUUAUGCUGUAUCAUUGUAGAUAGUGGUUAUUCUUUUACACAUAUAGUUCCUUAUUGUAGAAGUAAAAAGAAAAAAGAAGCAAUUAUUCGGAUAAAUGUGGGAGGAAAACUCUUAACGAACCAUCUAAAGGAGAUCAUAUCUUACAGACAGUUACAUGUUAUGGAUGAAACACAUGUAAUUAAUCAAGUGAAAGAAGAUGUAUGCUAUGUAUCUCAGGAUUUUUACAGAGACAUGGAUAUUGCAAAAUUGAAAGGAGAAGACAAUACAGUAAUGAUAGACUAUGUUUUGCCUGACUUCAGUACAAUUAAAAAGGGCUUUUGUAAGCCAAGGGAAGAGAUGGUGUUGAGUGGAAAAUAUAAAUCUGGGGAACAGAUUCUUCGUCUGGCCAAUGAGAGAUUUGCUGUUCCAGAAAUACUCUUUAAUCCUUCAGACAUUGGCAUUCAAGAAAUGGGAAUUCCAGAAGCUAUUGUCUAUUCAAUUCAAAACUUACCUGAAGAAAUGCAGCCACAUUUUUUUAAGAACAUUGUUUUGACAGGAGGAAAUUCGCUUUUCCCGGGAUUUAGAGACCGGGUUUACUCAGAAGUUCGGUGUCUCACUCCAACAGAUUAUGACGUCUCUGUUGUGCUGCCUGAAAACCCUAUUACUUAUGCCUGGGAAGGUGGAAAGUUGAUAUCCGAGAAUGAUGAUUUUGAAGAUAUGGUGGUAACAAGAGAAGAUUAUGAAGAAAAUGGACAUAGCAUCUGUGAAGAGAAAUUUGAUAUUUAAGAAAUACUGAGUAAAAGUUUUGGUUGUGUAUAACUGAAGAGUUUAAUUUCAAUGCUCCUUUUAAAAGAGGUUAAGGACCUACACUACUUUUCAUCUUAAGAUAAUCUCAAACUUGCAUCAAUACUUCGAUCCAUGUUUUCAAAGCCUUCUUAGGCGGGUUAUUACAAUGAAGUGUAACUCAGCCAUGUUAUCAUUUGGGAGCUAGACUGCCGUAACAAUGCUUACGCUGUUUCUGAGAGUAGAUUGUUUUUCACAAGAAGGUAAAAGAGUGAAUGCAGUUUAACUCUUCAUAGCUGGAAGCACAGACUUCACUAUCUCACUUGCCAGUUUUCCUUGGAAAGCAGUUUUAUGGGGAUUUGACUAGGAAUUUGCAAAAUGUUUAUAGGCUGAUAUAAUUUCUCUCUGUGUCUUAGAACUAAGUAUUUUUUUUAAGUUAUCAUUCUUAUUUAUGCUUAAUA